AUGCACGACUACCUGGGCACUCCCGCCGGCCACCAAAUGGGAGCCCUCACGCCCAACAUGGUGCCGGCCUCCCCAGCAUCCACAUGCUCUGGAGAGGAACACAUUACUCUGGCAGAUAUAAGAGCGGACUUACGUUGUAUGUCAGCGGAGAUGGUCACAAAAGAAGACCUCAACAGGGCCUCUGACACCCUGCAUGCAGCGCUGAAGGCAGAAGUGGCAGGAAUCAGAGCAGACAUCACACUGCACGACGCACUCAUUACCGCCAUGGAACAACGCACAGAAAAUGCAGAGGGAAGAACUAAGGCUACAGACACCGCAAUUAAACGGCAAGGGGACCUACUGCUGGCCAUGCGGCGAUAA